AUGGAUGCGAAGGAUGGAAAUGGAGGCUCCCAUGCUUGCAACAUUCUCAAGGGCACCACGAUUGGAGGGCUUGUGGUAUCGUCGCUCUGUGUGCCGACUGACGUCGUGCGCAACUACUGGUACUUCAACCCGGAGCUGAAGGGCAUUCGCGGGAGCAUAAGCACUGCCGGCGUCGCUCGCCACAUCUAUGCAACCCGCGGUGUUCGAUGCUUCUUCACUGGUUUCCACCUCACCGCCCUAAAUGUCGUGGGCGGUCAGACCAUAUUCCUGCUGUCGUACGACGCGAUGAAGACCGAAAUGAGCACUCCGUUGGCAAGCAUUUUGGGAAGGAUGGCUACUCUUCUGUCGAUGCAACCGCUGGAGUGCCUGCGUACCUACACCCAGGCCAACCUGCCGGGUCGCACCAUGAGCUUUUUCCAACAUACCCAAGGCUUUUCUAGGUUCACAUCGCUCUACCGGGGUCUGAUUCCAACGGUUAUUCGCGACGUGCCGUUUUCGGCGGUACAUUGGCCUCUGAAUGACCUUCUGUACCGUCGCUUCAUCGCGUCCUGCGGCCGUUCGGAAUCCGACCUGACUAGAGUCCAGAAGUUUGCGCUCUCUUUCGCUACAGGAACCAUGUCGUCGAUAUUGGCGACCAUGAUCUCGCAGCCCUUCGACAUAGUGAAAACCACCAUCCAGGCUGCAGCUGGUCGCAAGUCGAAGAUGACGGUUCGAGGGGAGCUGCGCCGGUUUUUUGGUCAGUACGGUAUGCGAGGGUUCCUCAUCGGCCUGACGCCCCGCCUGAUAAAGGUGGUUCCAGGCUGUGCGAUAAUAUCAGGGUGUUAUCGUUACUUCAACUGA